CCUUAAACCAAUAAGUUCUACUAAGAAAUGGAAAGUUUAGCAAUAUCGUUUACUAUCUAUGGCUUUAUCAUCAUUUUAACUUUACUGUAUGGAUUACUAAGAUUUCAUCUGCAAUUUUGGCGUCGGAGAGGUAUUCCUCAUCGGGAACCGACCUUUCUUUUCGGCAAUUUACAAUGUGUACUCCAAAAGCGUCAUAUACGAGAGGCCUUUAGUAAAGCGUAUCAGGAAUUUAAAAGCACUGGGCCAUUUUGCGGUUUCUUUCUCUUGAUGAAACCGGCUGUAAUCAUUUUCGAUUUGGAUUUGGCCAAAAAAGUGCUUAUUAAAGAUUUUAAUCUUUUCGAGGAACGUGGCAUGUAUUAUAAUGGUAAAGAUGAUCCGUUGACGGCUCAUCUAUUCAAUGUGGAGGCAGUCGAAUGGCGUAAAAUGAGAAAUAAAUUAUCACCCACUUUUACUUCGGGAAAAAUGAAGCUAAUGUUUCCCAUAGUGGCCAAAAUAGGACAAGAAUGUAAUCACACCUUAGAAGAAAUGUUAAAAGCUGGACCUCAAAUCGAUGUUAAGGAACUAAUGGCCCGCUAUACCACCGAUGUUAUAGGCACCUGUGCUUUCGGUCUAGACUGCAAUAGCUUAAAAAAUCCCGAGGCAGAAUUUCGUGUUAUGAAUAGAAAUAUUUUUACCAAUUUCCGUCAUAGCCGAGUGGUGCAUUUAUUUAUGCAACUCUUGCCUCAAGUAUCUAAAACAUUAAGAAUGAAGGAGCUACUAGAUGAUACACAUGAUUUUUAUUUUAGAAUUGUUAAAGAUACCAUGGAUUACCGUGAGAAAAAUCACAUAAAACGUAAUGAUUUUAUAGAUUUAUUAAUAGAAAUGAAAAAUUCGGAAGACAAAGAUAAACGUUUGAAUAUGAAUGAGAUUACGGCCAAUGCAUUUGCCUUCUUUUUGGCGGGUUUUGAAACCUCGGCCACUACCAUGACUUAUGCCCUAUACGAAAUGUCGUUGCAACCAAGAGUACAGGAUAAAUUAAGAAAGGAAAUUUUACAAGUUUUAGAGAAAAACAAUCAACAAUUGACUUAUGAAAGUCUUAAAGAAAUGCAAUAUUUACAUCAGGUGGUGCAAGAAACUUUGCGCAAAUAUGCAGUAUUCCCUUUCCUACAGCGUAAGGCUAAAAUAGAUUAUGAUACCAAAAUUCCCGGUUAUAUUAUACCCAAAGAUACUCUCGCCAUUAUACCCAUAGAUGCUAUACAUCAUGAUCCCGAAAUAUAUCCCGAACCUCAGCAAUUUCGUCCAGAACGUUUCGAUGCUGAAGAGGUGGCCGCUCGUCAUCCCAUGAGUUGGCUGCCUUUUGGUGCUGGCCCAAGAAAUUGUAUUGGUUUAAGAUUUGGUAAAAUGCAGACCUAUGUGGGUUUAGUAUCAGUAUUAAAAGAUUAUAAAUUCACAGUUUGUGAUAAGACUCCUAUACCUAUAGACUUGAAUGUGCAAUUGCCUUUAAUGACUCCUAUACAGGAAGUAGUUUUAAAUGUUGAAAAGAUCUGUGAUAAGUUAAAUAAAAGUUAUAGAAGUAUUUUAACAAUUUUUGUUAAAAUGUUAAUAUUCAUAGCUUUAUGCGUUAUAAUAUUUUUUUGGUUAAAAGAACAUUAUUCAUAUUGGGAGAAACGCCAUGUUCCUCACGAAAAACCCACAUAUUUUGUAGGUAAUAUGCGAGGCAUAGGAAGGGAAUACCACUGGAAAGAUAUAAAUCAACGUAUUUAUAAGAAAUUUAAAGGAGUUACUCCCGUGGCCGGUUUUUAUACAUUUCUUACAAGAGCUGCCUUUAUUUUAGAUUUGGAUUUGAUUAAACAAAUAAUGAUCAAAGAUUUCCAAAACUUUAGCGAAAGAAAUUUGUUUCACAAUGAACGUGAUGAUCCUUUAACGGGCAAUCUGCUAUUUUUGGAUGGUGAAAAGUGGCGGGUGUUGAGACAUAAACUAUCCCCGGUUUUCACUACUGGAAAAAUGAGGUUUAUGUUUCCCACGGUGGUUAAAGUGGGAGAGAAAUUACCCUCAGCCUGUGAGAAAUUUAUAGAGGUAUAUGAGGGCUUAGUAGAGGCCAAAGAUUUGUGUGCCCGCUAUACCACCGAUGUUAUAGGUACUUGUGCUUUUGGUAUUGAAUGCAAUAGCUUAAUAGAUCCUCAAGCGGAAUUUAGACAAAUGGGUAGAUAUAUAUUCGAGAAACCACGCCAUAAGGGUGUCAUACAGGCAUUUAUGUUUACUAAUCCCGCACUGGCUAGAAAACUGAGAAUGAAAACAUUUCGUGAUGAUGUCAGUGAUUUCUUUAUGAAGGUGGUCAAAGAGACUGUGGACUAUAGACAAAAGAAUCAUGUCAAACGUAAUGAUUUUUUGGAUAUGUUAAUAGAAAUGAAAAGGCAGCGUGAUGAUUUAAUCGAAUCGGGACAAAAAGUGGAUGAAAAUGAUUUGACAAGUGGUUUGAACAUAGAACAAUUGGCCGCCCAGGCUAUGGUAUUCUUUUUAGCCGGUUUCGAUACUUCCUCCACCACCAUGUCUUUCUGUUUAUAUGAACUGGCUCUCAAUCAGGAAGUACAAGAUAAAUUAAGGAAAGAAAUUUUGGAAGUAUUGGCCCAACAUGAUAAUCAAAUAACCUAUGAAAGUAUUAAGGAAAUGAAGUACUUAGAUAUGGUAAUAGCAGAAACUUUACGCAAAUACUCGGUUACUCCACAUUUAGUGCGAAAAUGUGUUAAGGAUUUCCAAAUACCCAAUACCGAUUUAGUAUUACAAAAGGGUCUACGGGUUAUUAUACCCUUAGAUAGUAUACACAAUGAUCCUGAUUACUAUCCAGAACCGGAGAAAUUCAAACCAGAACGUUUCCUACCCGAAGAAGUACAAAAUAGACAUCCCUGCGCUUAUAUGCCUUUCGGCGAUGGUCCACGCAAUUGUAUUGGUAUGCGUUUUGGUAAAAUGCAAGCCCAAAUUGGUUUAGUGUCCCUCUUGACAAAAUUUCGUUUUGAUAAAUGUGAACGUACACAAAUACCGUUACACUUUUCUAAGUUAAAUUUUCUAAUUGGCACCGAAAGUGGCAUACACUUAAAGGUGGAAAAGUUAUAAAUGGGUUUUUAAAACCUUCACAACUGAUAAGUGCAUGUUUUACUAAGACUUGUUAUCAGAAAUAUUUCAUUAACAAAGAGUUUUCAUUUAACUAUUUACGAAAAUUUAAUUAGAAAAAAAAACGUAUUUAUUAAUUUGUUAUUAAUUGUUGUUAAAUUUGUAUAUAUGUAGGUCUAUUUAUGCUGAUUAAU